AUGGUGACCGAGCUCGACAUGGUGUACUUCAUAAGUUUUUCAUAUAUGUCAAUCAAACAGAUGUCACCAAAUUGCACAAGCAAAUUUCACUUGGCUGGUGCUGGCGCCAGCAUAAGUGCCGAUUACGGGUUUGGCGUCGGCGUUGGUUCCUCUAUUGGCAAUAUUGGUGUCAGCCCCGGCACUGGCUCCUCCGCCGGAGGUGUCGGCCCCUCACUUGGGCUCAGUGGUGUUGGUCCAGGGGCUGGCUCAUCUAUUGGCAGUGUCGGCUCCGGUGCUGGCUCCUCAAUCGGGGGUGGCAUUGGCCCCAAUGCGGGCCCCUCAAUUGGCGGUGUCGGCCCCAAUGCAGGCCCCUCAAUUGGGGUAGUUGGUGUCGGUCCUGGUGCCGGACCUUCGAUCGGGGUUGGUGGUGUUGGCGCUAGUGCUGGUCCCUCAAUUGGCGGCUCCUCUGUCGGCGGUGUUGGUCCCAAUGCAGGCCCCUCGAUCGGGGUCGGUGGCGUCACUCCUGGCUCCGGCUCUUCAAUUGGGGUCGAUGGUGUUGGCCCCAGUGCCGGUCCCUCAACCGGGGUCGGUGGUGUCGCUCCUUCUCCCGGCUCCUCAGUUGGUGGUGUGGGCUCCAGUGCCGGCCCCUCAACUGGGGUCGGUGGUAUCAAUCCUACCGCUGGCCCUUCCGCCGGUGUCAAGGGUAUCGGCUUUGGUCCUGCUGGCCCUUCUGCCGGCGGCGAGGGUAUCGGCUUCGGUUUGGAUGUCGGAGGCGGCAUCUUCGGUGCUUGUGGCGGAGGAACAGGGCGAGGGAGCCACGGGAAAGGGUAA